AUGAAUCAGCUCUGCUGGGGCGCCGUCAUCGCACGGCUGGCGUGCGGCACGAAGCGCGGCGGUGCCGCGGGGCGGCUCGCCGUUCGGAAGGAUGAAGGAACUUUCAGGAAGGAAGUUGACUGCAGCUUCAUACUGAAGUGUUUUUCUGCUGUUGCAGUGCUGCCCACUUGCUCCCCCUUGGACUUCCACUGUGACAAUGGGAAGUGCAUCCGCCGGUCGUGGGUCUGCGAUGGAGACAAUGACUGUGAGGAUGAUUCUGAUGAACAGGACUGCCCACCACGAGAAUGUGAGGAAGAUGAGUUCUCGUGUCAGAAUGGGUACUGCAUCCGCAGCCUGUGGCACUGUGAUGGUGACAACGAUUGUGGAGACAACAGUGAUGAGCAGUGUGACAUGAGGAAAUGCUCAGAGAAGGAAUUUCGUUGCAGCGAUGGCAGCUGCAUAGCUGAGCACUGGUUCUGUGAUGGUGACACAGACUGCAAAGAUGGUUCGGAUGAAGAGAAUUGCCCAUCAGAUGUUCCAGCUGCCACCUGCAGCUUGGAGGAAUUCCAGUGUGCAUAUGGGCGCUGCAUCUUGGACAUCUACCACUGUGAUGGCGACGAUGACUGUGGGGACUGGUCUGAUGAAUCUGACUGCUCAUCUCACCAGCCAUGUCGCUCUGGGGAGUUCAUGUGCAACAGUGGCUUGUGCAUUAAUGCCGGCUGGCGGUGCGAUGGAGACUCUGACUGCGACGACCAGUCUGAUGAGAGGAACUGCACUACAUCUAUGUGUACAGCUGACCAGUUCCGCUGUAAAUCAGGCCGCUGUGUCCGUUUGUCCUGGCGCUGUGAUGGGGAAGAUGACUGCUCCGACAACAGUGAUGAGGAGAACUGUGAAAACACAGGGACCCCUCAGUGUGCUCCAGACCAGUUCCUGUGUGGGAAUGGGCGUUGCAUUGGCCAACGGAAGCUCUGCAAUGGAGCAAAUGAUUGUGGAGAUGGCAGUGAUGAGAGCCCGCAUCAAAAUUGCCGUCCACGAACAGGGGAGGAGAAUUGCAAUAUCAACAAUGGUGGCUGUGCUCAGAAGUGCCAGAUGGUACGAGGGAUGGUGCAGUGCACCUGCCAUACAGGUUACAGGCUUCUGGAAGAUGGCCGGUCAUGCCAAGAUGUGAAUGAAUGUGCUGAGGAAGGUUACUGCAGUCAAGGCUGUACCAACAGUGAAGGUGGCUUCCAGUGCUGGUGUGAGCAAGGCUAUGAGCUGCGCCCUGACAAGCGUAGCUGCAAAGCUCUAGGGCCAGAGCCAGUGCUGCUCUUUGCCAAUCGAAUUGAUAUCCGGCAAGUCUUGCCUCAUCGCUCAGAGUAUACACUGCUCCUGAACAACUUGGAAAAUGCCAUUGCCCUUGACUUCCACCACAGCAAGGAGCUGGUAUUUUGGUCUGAUGUCACUCUGGAUCGCAUAAUGAGGGCCAAUCUGAAUGGUAGCAAUGUGGAAGAAGUGGUUUCUACAGGUCUGGAGAGCCCAGGUGGACUUGCUAUUGACUGGAUACAUGACAAAUUAUACUGGACAGACUCUGGAACAUCUCGAAUUGAAGUAGCAAACUUGGAUGGUACUCACAGGAAGGUGCUUUUGUGGCAGAACCUGGAGAAACCCCGGGCGAUUGCCCUCCAUCCUAUGGAGGGCACAAUCUAUUGGACUGACUGGGGCAACACUCCCCGCAUUGAGUAUUCCAACAUGGAUGGCUCUAAUCGGCGCAUCAUUGCGGAUACACACCUCUUCUGGCCCAACGGACUGACCAUUGACUAUGCAGGGCAUCGGAUGUACUGGGUGGAUGCCAAACACCACGUCAUCGAGAGGGCCGACCUCGAUGGACGGAAUAGGAAAGCUGUUAUUAGCCAAGGCCUUCCACACCCAUUUGCUAUCACCGUGUUUGAGGACAGUUUGUAUUGGACGGACUGGCACACCAAGAGCAUUAACAGUGCCAACAAAUUCACAGGCAAGAACCAGGAGAUCAUCCGAAACAAACUCCACUUCCCCAUGGACAUUCACACACUGCAUCCUCAGCGUCAGCCAGCAGGGAGAAACCGCUGUGGGGCCAACAAUGGGGGCUGUACACACCUGUGCCUGCCGAGCAGCAAGGAUUACACCUGUGCCUGUCCCACUGGCUUCCGCAAGACCAGCAGCCAUGCCUGCGCUCAGAGUCUUGACAAGUUCCUGCUUUUUGCCCGAAGGAUGGACAUCCGUCGGAUCAGCUUUGACACAGAUGACCUGUCAGAUGAUGUCAUCCCCCUUGCUGAUGUGCGCAGCGCAGUGGCUCUGGACUGGGACUCAAAGGAUGACUAUGUCUACUGGACAGAUGUUAGCACCGACUCAAUCAGCCGAGCAAAAUGGGAUGGAUCAGGCCAGGAGGUUGUGGUGGAUACCAGCCUGGAAAGUCCAGCUGGACUGGCAAUUGACUGGGUCACCAACAAACUGUACUGGACUGAUGCAGGAACAGAUCGAAUAGAGGUCUCCAACACAGAUGGGACCAUGAGGACUGUUCUGAUCUGGGAGAACCUAGACAGACCUAGAGAUAUCGUAGUGGACCCUGUUGGAGGAUUCAUGUACUGGACUGACUGGGGAGCCAACCCAAAAAUUGAGCGCGCUGGUAUGGAUGCUUCAAAUCGCUUGGUGAUCAUUUCCUCCAACUUGACGUGGCCUAAUGGCUUGGCCAUUGACUAUGAGUCACAGCGCUUGUACUGGGCAGAUGCGGGCAUGAAGACCAUUGAAUAUGCCAGUCUGGAUGGCAGCAACAGGAAGGUGCUGAUUGGGAGCAAUCUGCCUCACCCGUUUGGACUUACUCUUUAUGGCGAGAGAAUCUACUGGACAGACUGGCAGGCCAAAAGCAUCCAGAGCGCAGAUAGAAGGACUGGGCAGGCACGGGAAACGCUGCAGGACAAUCUGGAGAAUCUUAUGGAUAUUCAUGUUUUCCACCGGCAUAGGCCACCAGUACAUACACCGUGUGAAGUUAAUAAUGGAGGCUGCAGUCACCUGUGCCUUCUGGCACCUCUUCCAAAAGGUUAUAGCUGUACCUGUCCUACUGGGAUCAACCUACAGUCUGAUGGCAAGACGUGUUCCACUGGAAUGACCAGCUUUCUGAUCUUUGCCAGAAGGACUGACAUACGGAUGGUCUCUCUGGAUAUUCCCUACUUUGCGGAUGUCGUUGUUUCAGUCAAUGUCACCAUGAAAAACACCAUUGCAAUUGGAGUGGAUCCUCAUGAAGGAAAGGUUUACUGGUCAGACAGCACACUGCGAAAAAUAAGCCGGGCUGCCCUUGAUGGCUCCAAAUUUGAGGACAUCAUCACCACAGGUCUCUUGACUACAGAUGGGCUGGCUGUGGAUGCUAUUGGCAGGAAGAUAUAUUGGACAGAUACAGGAACAAACCGUAUUGAAGUGGGCAAUCUUGAUGGCUCUAUGAGGAAAGUCUUGGUCUGGCAGAAUCUGGACAGCCCACGGGCAAUAGCCUUAUACCAUGAGAUGGGCUAUAUGUACUGGACAGACUGGGGUGAGAAUGCCAAGCUGGAACGCUCUGGGAUGGAUGGCUCAGGACGUGUGGUUUUGAUCAGCAACAACCUGGGCUGGCCCAACGGACUGGCAGUGGAUAAGGCUGGAUCCCAGCUGCUCUGGGCUGACGCACACACUGAGCGUAUUGAGGCUGCAGAUCUCAAUGGUGCUAACCGCCGCACCCUGCUGUCCCCAGUGCAACACCCCUAUGGCCUCACUUUGCUGGACUCUUACAUCUAUUGGACCGACUGGCAAACUCGCAGCAUUCACAGAGCUGACAAGGACAGUGGUGCCAAUGUCAUCCUGGUGAGGGCAAACCUGCCUGGCCUCAUGGACAUUCAAGCUGUUGAUAGGGCACGGCCCCUCGGCUUUAAUAAAUGUGGAGUUCGUAACGGUGGCUGCUCCCACCUUUGCUUGCCUCACCCCACUGGAUUCUCCUGUGCCUGCCCCACUGGCAUCCAGCUGAAACGAGAUGAGCAGACAUGUGACUCUUCUCCAGAGACCUACCUGCUUUUCUCUAGCCGUGCUUCCAUUCGUCGUAUCUCACUGGAUACCAGUGACCACACAGAUGUGCACAUCCCUGUCCCUGAGCUGAACAAUGUCAUUUCUCUGGACUAUGACAGUGUGGAUGGCAAGAUUUACUACACAGAUGUUUUUCUUGAUGUCAUCAGGCGGUCUGAUCUGAAUGGCAGCAACAUGGAAACUGUUAUUGGUCAGGGCCUGAAGACUACAGAUGGUCUGGCAGUGGACUGGGUUGCUAGGAACCUCUACUGGACAGACACAGGACGCAAUACUGUUGAAGUAGCUAGACUGGAUGGGAGCUCCAGGAAAGUGCUGAUCAACAACAGUCUGGAUGAGCCCCGAGCCAUUGCUGUCUUUCCCAAGAAGGGGUACCUCUUCUGGACAGAUUGGGGUCAUGUUGCUAAAAUUGAACGGGCAAACUUGGAUGGCUCUGAACGUAAAAUCCUGAUCAACACUGACCUAGGAUGGCCAAAUGGCUUGACCUUGGAUUACGACACCAGGAGGAUAUACUGGGUGGAUGCGCAUCUUGAUCGCAUAGAGAGUUGUGAUCUCAAUGGGAAGCUACGGCAAGUGCUGGUCAGCCAGGUGUCACAUCCCUUUGCUCUGACUCAGCAGGAUAGAUGGAUAUAUUGGACCGACUGGCAAACCAAGUCUAUACAGAGAGUGGACAAAUACUCUGGGCGGAACAAAGAGACAGUCCUGGCCAAUGUUGAGGGAUUGAUGGAUAUCAUUGUGGUUUCCCCUCAAAGACAGACAGGUACUAAUGCUUGUGGAGUGAACAAUGGAGGCUGCACUCACCUCUGCUUUGCCAGAGCUUCUGACUUUGUCUGUGCAUGCCCAGAUGAACCAGAUGGGCGACCCUGUUCUACUGUUCCUGGUGUGGUGCCCUUUGGUCCUGAAAUCACCAGCGAGAGAAGUCAGACACCACCUGGCAGAAUAGGUACCUCAACAACCAAGCCUCUUACAUCUCUGGAAGAAGAGGAAGGGAACUGCUCUGACAAAGAUGCUAGGCGAGGCUUGUGUACUCAUGCCAAUGAGGCAGUGUUGGCAACAAUGGGUGAGGGACUGCAUGUUAGCUACAUCAUUGGAGGCCUUCUCAGUAUCUUGUUCAUUUUGCUGCUUAUUGCUUCUUUAAUCAUAUAUAGGCAUAAUAAAUCCAAGUUCACGGACCCUGGCCUAGGGAACCUAACCUACAGUAAUCCCUCGUAUCGGACAUCUACCCAGGAGGUGAAGAUUGAAACAAUUCCCAAGCCAACAAUGUACAACCAGUUGUGCUAUAAAAAGGAGACUGGGCCUGAUCACAGCUACACCAAGGAGAAGAUAAAGAUUGUGGAGGGAAUAUGCCUUUUAUCCAGUGAUGAUUCAGAGUGGGAUGACCUUAAGCAAAUUCGGAGCUCUCGAGGAGGGAUCCUCCGGGACCAUGUUUGCAUGAAGACAGACACAGUCUCUAUCCAGGCUAGUUCUGGUUCACUGGAUGACACUGAAACUGAGCAGCUGCUACAGGAAGAACAGUCUGAGUGCAGCAGUGUUAACACAGCAGCGGCCACUCCUGAACGGCGUGGCUCACUCCCAGACACAGGCUGGAAACACCAACGCAAACCCUCCACGGAGAGCGAGGUCUAAAGUACAUGUUGCUUUAGAAAUGCUUGAACCCUCCCUAGCCUCUGUUCUGCACAAAAGAAGACAGGACUCUGCCUGGCAAGCAAGGAAGGGCCCAGAGACUAGCCCCUCUUGUGAGGGGCCCAGAGACUGUGACUGCCUUUUAGCAAGGAGCUUGGCCAAGUGUGCUGUUGUGGUUGAAGAGGGAGCAUGGGUGGGUUGGAUGGAACCCCGAGACCCUGUCGGCUCAUUUUCACUGUGUCUGUGGUUUAUUUAUAUGUUCUCUUUUCUUGGAAGCUGCUGUUUUAACUUUUGCAGUGACUCCUCUGGCCUGAAUCUGGUCCAGAUGCUGAGUUCUCUGGCAACCUGCAAGUCCUAUGCUGUCCAGCUCACAGUCAAUGCCCAUGAAGAGAGCACAGCUGCCAUGAUGCUAGCUCCUGGUCGCAGAAGUUCCCCUAGUCAUUCCAUCAGCAGCAGCUUUCCUCAAGGCUUUGUGCUGUGGGGGCUGUGCUUGGAGAGAUGUCUUGGAAUAUGUGGGAUGCACUCUGGGGCUCAAGGGGACAGUGGCACAGCAUCAGGGCAUAAAGACAGUAACCACAGUUGUUGCAACGACCCACUUCAUGGAAGCAUCACUGCUUACGUUCCCAUCUGCUAGUAAAACUUUAAGGAAUUCUCAGAUUGGAGCACAGUGUCUGUUGCUGGCAGUGGGCACUGCUCCUAUUCUCCCCUUUCUCACUGAAAAAUGUUUCUACUCCAGAAAAUAAGUCAGCAAGUGGCCCUUUCAGGACUGCUUCCAGUGGGUGCAGGAGUCAAGAGUGCUGUACUUGAGGAAAGAACAUUCUUAAAUUCUAGAGAGUUAAUGGGAGGAAAUGAAUCUCAGCCAGAUCUAAAUUUUACUCUUACCUUUUUUUUUUUUUUUUAAUUUUGCUAAAUCUCCAUUGGUCCCAGUUCUGCAAGAUCCCAGUUCUCUUGGCCUUUAUGACUUUUUUUUUUUCCCCAUAAUGAGAAGAAAAAAGAUGAUUCCUAGGAUGAGUUUCCCUCAGGGGAAUCCUCAGUGCUGACAGUCAGGAGCUGCUUUAUUACAAGGCUGAGCCCAUUUGACCUAGAAUAGGAGACAAUAGUCACAGAGCUGCAAGGGCUAUUUUAAAAUAGUUGUUUAUCAGAGAGAAUGACACUUUCAGUAAGCUCUAGUGUUAGUACUAAAUAGCUCUCCUUGCAAAGACAUUUUUUCCCAUCAGCUGUGCAAGCCUCAGUUAUUCUCUGGCCUCCAAAGCCUUUAUCCUCUAGAGGGCAAAGGUAAUGCUAUGUUUGCAGUUGUACCCCAGCAGCAGCUGGAGCUUGCUCAAGGCCUAGUGCCACUUUUUCAUACUCCCGUGGCUUCCUAUUAUCUAUUUCUUCAGGUGGGAAAAAAGAGAAAAUCUCUGGACACUCCUUCAAAACUGAGAUUUCUAUCAACCCCUCAAGUCACGUGGAUGCUAUCAUGGUAAAAUACUAAGUGUUAAGGCAGAUAUUUGGAAGCAGAACUUUCCAGUGAGGAAUCUCCCACAGCAGACUGUGACUUCUUUGUCUCCUAGGAAGAAGCCAAGUACAUUCCCACCCAUGAUGGAAGGAGAGCAAAGCACGCAGUAGGAGUACAGGAGAGGAUGCAUCUCCUGUGCAGUAUUUUUCCAGCUAUUAAAAAAAGGAAAAUCAAUCCUAUUCAACUUCAAUCUUGUUCAUAUACUAACAGUCCUGCGGCUCCUGAAAACAUGAUGGUUGUCAGCAGGUUGGCUGUACUUUUUACACCAGAGGUAGCUUUGCAGCAGGUAAAGGUUGCAAUUUUAACCUGGCUGGGUGGCAUAAACUCUGUUCAUAACUGCACCAUUGGGCUGACUGGUGUAUAUUCCUGUGGAAACUGAACUGGAGCUAAGGCUUGGAAAAUUCUGUGUUAACGUGGAACUCUUCCCUACUCCCAGAGGGGUUUUGUUUUUUAAAUUAGAUUUUUUAUUUAAUUAUUUAUUUGAUUGACUCCAGCCUGGGAAACAUUGUUUUUGUUGGGCAGGGGCACUUCUGGAUUGAGAUGUGGACUCGACUGGGAGCUGAGAAAGGAUUACAUAUCACUGACACACACCUGGCCUGUCUGGGCUGCCGCACACAGGGGCAUCAAAGGCUCAAGCGUAGGCAAGCAAAUUGGUUUGAAGAAAAGCCAUGUACAGGGGAGAGGCAUUAGAAGUGAGAUGUGUGGGUGGAUGGAGGAACAGUUAUUUUUUGUUUGUUUCUUCCUCCUCCCCUCCAAAUACCUUUUGUGCACCAAACUCUUGAGGUGGGAGGGGGGUGGAGGAAAACAUCUGCCUGUUCCUGUCUCUCGAGGUUCAGACAGCUGAAAUAGUUGCUAUCUGAGUUACAAGAGCAGAAUGGAAAGGAAAACCCAGUCAGUCCUUUCAACAGCUAAUGGUGCUUGUGAUCUCCACUGUCGUAUAUUCUCUGCUGCUGCUUAGGAGGGACGCUGCACACUCCAGUCCACCAACCAUUCAUAACUGCUCUCUGCUCUCUUCUGGAAUCAAAUAUGGCAAAAAAAAUGUCCCCCAGCCUCUCCUCUCCAAGCGAGGUGGGCAGAAAUUAAGUUUCUUUAUCCUAAAGUAUGGAGAAAGUGCCAGUAAGAUGCUGCCUGCUGGGGGAUAUACCACGUCUCCCCAUUCUGCGGAGGAAAAGAUCUUCAUUGCACUUAGGCUGUUACGAAUGUAAAAAGGCCGCUGGAGGACGAUCUCUUGAGCACUGAUUUACUAUGUACAAAGCAAACCUCUCUCCUGUCUCUCCCAAGAUAACGUCCGUGAUUUCCCUGUGUUCCUGUGUAAUGGUUUUAAUUGUUACUCACUGGAGACAUCAGAAUUUCUGGAGUUAUUUAACCACUGAGUUCAGUAUUUUAGGGGUUGAUGAUAAUUUAAUAUAAAUUUAGCUUUUCUUAACCAC